AUGAAAUUACUGAUGAGGGGGCCAAAUGUUCAUCCGAGUAAUCUGAACGGUGGUAUGGUGGACGUGGUAAGUGGACUUGUUGGCCAUUUGGCGCAUCGAUUUCUGAAUGUCGAUCCAUCAACUGGGCGCAUUAUUGGUGCAAUUGCUGGCAAUAUCGUUUUCAAUCUUGGCGGCAAAGAUAAUAAACUUGGAAGCGUCGGUAAAAUCGUUCUGGAUAAUAUCAUCAGCGGUAAAUUCAAGCGCAAGGUUGAUCCUUACGUUCCGCCAGAACCUCAGCGACGUCCAUCAGCACCACCUUCGGCUCGAGGACGUGAAGUGACGCUUGAUUUUUAUGAAGAACGAGAUCGUUGUCUUGCUGAACGACGACUUUUCGAGGAUCCACAAUUCCCAGCCUGCGACGAGAGCUUAUUCUUCAGCAAGCGCCCACCAAAACGUAUCGAAUGGAAACGCCCUGGGGAAAUAAUCGAAGAGCCACAACUGAUCUAUGAGGGGCAGUCACGUUUUGACGUUGUACAAGGUGAACUGGGUGAUUGCUGGCUUCUGGCUGCGGCGGCAAAUUUGACGCUUCGAGAUGAACUAUUUUAUCGAGUGGUUCCGCCAGACCAGAGCUUUACUGAAAAUUACGCUGGUAUAUUUCACUUCCAAUUUUGGCAUUACGGGCAGUGGGUUGACGUUGUUGUUGAUGAUCGUCUACCAACAUCGAACGGCGAAUUACUUUACAUGCAUUCACGUGAUCACAAUGAAUUCUGGAGUGCACUCCUUGAAAAAGCAUAUGCUAAGCUUCAUGGUUCAUACGAAGCGCUAAAAGGGGGUACAACAAGCGAAGCGUUAGAAGAUUUCACAGGUGGUUUGACGGAAUUCUUCGAUCUCAACCAGCCGCCGAAUCAUUUAAUGGAAAUGAUGAUGAGAGGCUUCGAAAUGGGAUCUUUGUUUGGUUGCAGUAUUGAAGCGGAUCCACGUCAGUGGGAAGCUGUAUUGCCGAAUGGUUUGGUAAAAGGACAUGCAUACAGUAUCACCGGAAUGCGCAUGGUUGAUUCACGUAAUGGCCUCACUCCAAUAUUACGCAUACGAAAUCCGUGGGGCAACGAACGGGAAUGGACUGGUGCGUGGUCAGAUAAUUCGCGUGAAUGGCAGUAUCUGUCAAAACACGAUCACGAAGAGCUUGGACUCGUCUUCGCACAUGACGGAGAAUUUUGGAUGUGCUAUGAAGAUUUUGUGCACAAUUUUGAUAAAAUGGAAAUUUGCAAUCUUGGCCCAGAUAUUAUGGACGAGGUAAGUUUUUUUUUGUUUUUAUCGCAGCAGCGCCUAUUAGUAUAA